UAAUAUAUUCUUAUUCUAUUUGGAUACGUUAAUGAAAAGUGCAACUCACCCUAAGUUUGAUCACAGAAUGUCAUCGUCGCUUCUUGGAGUUUUGGCUACAUUACAUCUAACUUCACCGUUGUUCGCGCCAGGAGUUCAAGUUCCAAAUGGCGCUACGUUCGAUUUCAUCAUAAUAGGGGCAGGCACCGCGGGCGGUGUCCUAGCUAAUCGACUAGCAGAGGUUGAGGGCUGCAACGUGCUCGUUAUAGAAGCUGGAGGUGACCCUCCAGUUGAAUCUGUUGCAGCCGGUGCUUUUGCUCUAUUGGCUCGCACGGAAUACGAUUGGAACUACACUGCGGAAUACGAUGAGGCAUUUAGUCUUGGACACAUCAACCAGAUUAUGGAUCUUACAUCUGGCCGGAUAUUAGGAGGAUCCAGUUCCAUAAACCACUUAAUUUAUAGCAGGGGUUUCCCAUACGAUUUUGAUACAUGGGCUGAAGUUGUCGAUGACAUUAGUUGGACAUGGGAUAACAUAUAUAAAUAUUUCUUAAAGCUCGAAAGAUUAGAAGACCAAGCCAUUCUCGCUUCUACUGACAGAAAUAACCACGGUCUGGACGGAAAUAUUGGAACAACUAGAGAACCUAGUACAUUACUCCAAAAAUAUUAUAAUGCGCUCGAAGAAGUCGGUUACAAAGCUCUCUUAGACACGGUACCUGGGCAAAAUGAUGCUGAUAGCAAACUGGCUUUCUCUGAUGUUUUGUUAUUUAUUGCUAAUUUAAAACGACAAAGCGUAGCCCAAGGAUACUUAUCUGGAAAAGAUGCUAAAAACAAUUUGAACAUUCUAAAGAACACUUUAGUUACCAAUGUUAUAUUCAAUGAAGACAAAGUCGCUAUUGGAGUUAAUGUCAUAACAAAUGAUGGUCAGGAUUUGACAUUUUAUGCAGAUAAGGAAGUAAUACUAUCAGCUGGCGUUUUUAAUAGUCCAAAAGUACUUUUACUAUCAGGCAUAGGACCAAUGGAAGAUUUGGAAGCCUUAAACAUACCAGUGUUGUCGAAUUUAGCAGUUGGUGAAAAUUUUCAAGAUCAUAUCGGUGUUUUCAUAGUGCAAAAACUGGAAAAACUUGUGGAAGUACUUCCUAUACCUUCGCCUACACAAUUUCCCCUACCGGGUAUGGUUGGAUACGUAGCUUUUGAAGAAUUUCAGUCGUAUCCCGAUUAUGAAGCUCUGAAUUUCGUUUUCACAAAUAGUUUAGUAUUUUCUCAAAUAUGUUCUAUAGUAUUCAACUUCAACGACCAUAUUUGUGAUAGCAUUUUGGAACAGACUGCUGGUUUCGAAUUUUACAUAUCACUACCGUCGUUGUUACAUCCCAAAUCUCGUGGUAAAGUGCAACUCAAAAGUACUCAUCCUUUCGAUCCUCCUAUCAUAAAUGCAGGAUAUUUUUCAGAUGCAUCAGAUGUGGAAACACUGGUUGAUAUUAUUUUGGAUAACUUACGAAUAAGUGACUCAAACACUUUCAAAACUGCUGGAGCCGAGUUGAUUGAAGUAAAUCUUCCCGCGUGUUCAAUUCACGAAUUUGGGAGUCGUGAUUACUGGAGAUGUUAUGUCAAAUACAUGGCUACGUCACAUUUCUAUUACACUAGUACGUGUUCCAUGGGCUCUGUUGUAGAUGCAGAAUUGUAUGUUAACGGAGUGAAGAAUCUUAGAGUGGUUGAUGCGAGUGUCAUACCUUUUGCUCCAAGUGGUAAUCCUGAAGCAAUCGUGAUUGUUAUAGCAGAGAAAGCAGCUGAUAUGAUCAAAGAUAAAUAUUAUUCUCCAAAAUUUGGAACUUUUCAGUAGAUUUAAGAAAAUCUUAUUAUAUAAUAAAAUGUAUGUGAUGGCUAUUUAAGUGUGACGGUUUAAAUAGUCAAAGUGCUACUAUUACCGUACUAAUAUUUCUAAAUGCGAAAGUUUGUGAGGAUGUAUAUGUGUAUGUUUGUUAUUCUUUCACGCAAAAUCUACUAUUUACGGAUUUUUGUGAAAUUUGGUGCACGGGUGAAUGUAACCUGGAUUAAGACAUAGGGUACUUUUUAUCCCGAAAAUUCCCACGGGAGCGAAGUCCCGGGGUGCAGCUAGUUACUGUAUAAAUAAGUUUAUUGAUAUAUACAUAUUAACGCCUGCUUCGCCCGCGUGAAUUUCUCUGCGGAAGCGUAAUAGACACGAUUAACACGUAAAUUUAACCCAUUAUAGUCAUAAGGGUUGAAAAGUGAAGUAGCAUAUAUUUGAACUGUGAUAUUUAACUACGUGCAUACCAAAUUUCACUACAAUUGCUCCAGCGACAGACAACAGACAGACAGACAGACAGACACAGAAACAGACAUUCGCAUUUAUAAUAUUAGUAUGGAAGUAUGGAUUUAGUUUUAUAAAUAUGUCAUUAUUUCUAGAUUAAUUUAUUUAAUAUUAAUAAAAUGCAUAAAUUUUAUCAAAAGUUUAUUUUUACGAUAGUCAUGUAAAGCUGCAACGUUGGAAGAAAAUUUGAAUUGUAUAGAAAUGUCUCGAAGGAUUUCAAUAAAAUGAAGCUACUAUUUCGAAA